CAUUGAUUACUGGGAGGGAGCAGUCACCGGUAGCAGUAAUGGAAGGAAGCAUGACAUGGCCGACUGUGAGCUUUCUCCUACUGGUAAUUCUCAUUAGUACUUCAUCAGGAGAAGAAGUGGCAAAUUCCACAAAAAUUGAAGAGCCUGUUAGCAGUGCAAAGAUCCUUGCAGAUGUCCCAUCUACUAAAGCCUUCAUCGAGUCUUCAGAAAUUGCUGUGAUUGGCUUUAUCCAGGAUCCAGAAGCACCAGAGGUUAAAGAAUUUAAUACUCUCAUAAGCAAACAUCCAGAAUGGGAUUAUGGACUGAGCACCAGCAAAGAAGUUUUAAAGCACUUCAAAAUCGAAAGCAACACAGUGGCACUGUUCCGACAGGUAGACAACAAGAGAGAUGACUUAAUAUUAAAAGACCACCCAGGAAUCAAUACUGAGAAACUCUUCCGUUUCUUGACUAUAAAUGAACUGAGAACGGUGACAGAUUACAACGCAGUGACAGCAGUUGGACUUUUAAACAGCAAAGUUCAAAUCCACAUGCUCCUGUUCAUAGACAAAGGAGCACAGAACCAAGAAGAAAUAUUGAAGGAAUUUCGAGAGGCAGCAGUGGAGCUGAAGGGGAAGGUUCUGUUUGUGAAAGUGGACGUGAGCAUCAGAAGUAAUGAGAAAGUAAUGUCAUAUUUCCAGUUCAAAAGAAGUGACUUACCAAGAGUGGCCAUUUUCAAUAGCGAAAAUGAGACCAAAAAAAUAAUGGAUGCUGGCCCUAUAUCUUCUACACGUCUCAGAGAUUUCUGUUAUGGAUUUCUUUCUGGGAAGACUGAUGAUGAAGAAUCAGACAAGAAAGAAGUAAAAACAGAAUUAUAACAUAAUGCAUACUCUUAUACAAUGAUAUAUCAUUAACAUUAAAAUGUGUUUGGAAAGAAUAAAACAAUUGUUUUCUAAUGAA